UCAACCGUGUGUUUUCGCUUGACCAACCGCACCUUCCUCCUUUUCAGCCAAAAAGCAACAUGUUCAAGUUGGCAGUUGUUGCAAUGCUACUGGUGGUAACAGUAACCGCUGAGUGGCACGGAGAAGGUACUGUUGGCGAGGGCCUCGGGAGUUAUGGUGGUGGGCAGCAGGAGGAUCACAAGGAUCACUACGCCUAUCCCAAGUACAAGUACGAGUACGGCGUCAAGGAUCAUCACACCGGAGAUCACAAAAGCCAGUGGGAGGUCCGCGAUGGUGAUGUUGUCAAGGGCGGUUACACUCUGCAUGAAGCUGACGGCACUGAGCGUGUGGUUGAAUAUUCAUCCGAUAAGCACAACGGCUUUCAGGCUGUCGUGAAAAAAGUUGGUCACGCCCAACACCCGCAGGCCCACGGACACCACUGAGAAUGGUGAAAGCAAGAGACUGUCUAGACUGUGAUAUAAUUGUUGUUUAACUUGUGAUUACAAAUCUGCGCUUUUUGUUGUUUUUUGAUAUUUAUUGGUUUUAAAUAAAUGAAGUAUAAAUUU